CGCAGUGCGGAACUGACGACACGUUGGGGCGAAAAGCAUGGCGGACGAGGAGAUCGUGAAGCCAAACACAGACGAAACGCUCGAAGGUUCGAGCAGCGAUGAGGGAAGCGAUCACGGUGAUGGCGGAGAAAACGACGAGACGGUGAAGAGCUUCAAGGAUCUGGGUGUUACUGAGGUUCUCUGUGAGGCUUGUGAUCAGCUGGGAUGGAAGAGCCCCACGAAGAUCCAGAUAGAAGCUAUACCGGUGGCUCUGCAAGGGAAGGAUGUUAUUGGCCUGGCGGAGACUGGUUCAGGAAAGACCGGUGCCUUUGCUCUGCCUAUCCUCCAGUCACUGCUGGCCUCCCCCCAGAGGCUUCAUACGCUUGUUCUCACCCCCACCAGAGAGUUGGCGUUUCAGAUCUCUGAGCAGUUUGAGGCCCUUGGCUCCAGCAUCGGCGUUAAGUGCGCCGUGAUAGUCGGUGGAAUUGACAUGAUGUCCCAGUCCCUGGUGUUAGCAAAAAAGCCGCACAUCGUUAUUGCCACGCCCGGUCGCUUGAUCGACCACCUUGAGAACACAAAGGGCUUCUCUCUACGAGCGCUGAAGUUCCUGGUCAUGGAUGAAGCAGACAGAAUCCUCAACAUGGACUUUGAAACUGAGGUGGAUAAAAUCUUGAAGGUGAUCCCAAGAGAAAGACGCACUUUCUUGUUCUCAGCUACCAUGACCAAAAAGGUCCAGAAACUAGAGAGAGCAGCUUUGAAAGAUCCUGUGAAGUGCGCGGUGUCUACGAAAUACUCCACAGUAGACAAACUGCAGCAGUACUACAUCUUUAUACCAUCUAAGUACAAGGACUGCUACCUGGUUUCCAUCCUGAACGAGCUGGCCGGGAACUCCUUUAUUAUUUUCUGCAGCACAUGUAACACAGCCCAGCGGGUGGCGCUGUUGUUAAGGAACCUCGGCAUCACUGCUAUCCCUCUACAUGGGCAGAUGAGUCAGAAUAAACGUCUCGGAGCUCUGAACAAGUUCAAGUCCAAGUCUCGGUCGGUGCUGCUGGCGACUGACGUGGCAUCCAGAGGACUGGAUAUUCCUCAUGUCGACUGCGUCAUCAACUAUGACAUUCCCACUCACUCUAAGGACUAUAUUCACAGAGUUGGCCGAACAGCCAGAGCAGGACGAUCCGGGAAAUCCAUCACUUUCGUCACUCAGUAUGAUGUGGAGCUUUUCCAGCGAAUUGAAACCUUGAUUGGGAAGAAACUUCCAGCCUUUCCAACCCAAGAGGAGGAAGUGAUGAUGCUGGUGGAGAGGGUGAGCGAGGCCCAGAGAUUUGCCAAAAUAGAAAUGAAGGAGCAAGGCGACAAAAGGAAAAGGCCAAAAAGAGGGGACGGAGACGAUGAUGACACGGAACAGGCGACCGGCGUGAGGAAGAAGGUUAAAGGAGGAGGAGGAGGAGGAGGAGGAGGGGGAGGGAAGAAGCGUGGUGGAGGAGCCUGGAGGGGCGGACGCUGAAGAGCCCCAACAUUAACAGACUGUACAGAACUAUGACAUACAACGCCUUUACCGUCUUUUGAAAACUUCAUUGUUAUGACACCAUGUUUUCCACUGCUUCGUUAGUAAAGUGAAUGACUAUUUAAUUACAGAAAACACAUGUUUUUCUCGCCCCUGGUGACAUGUUUCCAUUUGUAAUAAAACUCAAGAAGUUGCA